GCCAUUUCUCUCAUUAGCUUCCUUGGAGCUUGUGAUCGUUAGUGAUCAGACAACAUAACCAAUUUUCUCUCUAGCGCUAACUUCCACCCGCCAUCAUAUUAUUAUUGUGAGUCACUACUAAGUCAGCUAGCUAGUAGAUCCAUAUUUAACCCAUGGGGACCAAAGCUCUUAUUCUCAUCACCGUGGUCAUCGCCAUGCUUGGGAUGGCGCUCGGCGCCAGCCACACCGUGGGAGCGCCGGACGGUUCGUGGGACCUUCGAACCAACUACUCCCAGUGGGUUUCCAGAAUCAGGUUCACCAUCGGCGAUGAGCUCAAGUUCCAGUACUCCACCGCCGUGCACAACGUGGUGGAGGUGAGCAAGACAGGGUAUGACUCUUGCAACGACUCUAGCCCCAUAGCGAGUUUCCCAACUGGUAACGAUGUUGUUCCGCUUGCCACCGUCGGGACCCGGUAUUUCAUCUGCGGCGUCUCUAGGCACUGCGACGCCGGCAUGAAGGUCGAGGUCAACGUCAAGUCUAAAGUAGUGCGAACUAUGCAGCGGUGCCGACGGACAGGGAACCGACGUCGUUGCCAGUCCGAGACAGUAUUAAGCUCAUCUGCGGCGGCUGACGUUGAUCAGUCUGCGGUGGCCCGGCUCGGUCUGAUUGUUGUUGCGGCUGGUCUUAUGUUGUUCUUUUAGAGUGAAUGAUGAUUGUGGUCCUUUUUUCCUUGAUCAGUCGUAAGAUGGUCCCUUUGUGUAUUAAAUUUAAUUCUUUCAUUAAAUGUAAUUGCAUUCAUUAUAAUUGGAUUCAAGACAUCUUCUUGGAAAAACCCAUGUAAUAACCAAGCGUAUAACCAUGAAAUAACUUUAUCAAA